AUGCAGUCUGAGAAGGAAAUUGAGACAUAUGGAAACAAAAAUAUAUUGCUGGUUGUCUACAUCCUCACCUUUCUGAUUGGCUUCCCAGCCAACAUGGUGGCCUUCUACACCUUCAGCAAAAAGGUGAGGCAGAAAGCCAUCCCAAUUGAUGUCCUGCUUCUCAACCUAACCAUCUCGGACAUUAUCUUCCUGCUUGUCUUGCCAUUCAAAAUGAAAGAGGCAGCAGACAACAUGAAAUGGUACCUGCCCGACUUCCUUUGUCCAUUGACCAACUUUGUCUUCUACACCACCAUCUACAACAGCACCUUUUUUCUAACUGCCAUCAGUGUUGAACGUUAUCUGGGAGUGGCUUUCCCCAUCCAGUACAAACUCAAAAGACGGCCAUUGUACGCUAUGGUGGCUAGUUUCUUCUUCUGGACAAUUUCCAUGGCUCAUGUCAGUAUUGUCUACAUCAUGCAAUACCUUCACCAAUCCAACACUAGCCAGACAGAACUGGGCAGGUGUUAUGAAAAUUUCACACAAGAGCAGAUGGUGGUCUUAAUGCCCGUUCGUUUGGAGCUCUUCCUGUUUUUAUUCUGCUGUCCCUUUCUCAUCUGCUGCUUCUGCUACAUCAACUUUGUACAGAUCCUUUCACAACGGCCAAACAUCAGCCAAAAGAAGCGCCUGCGGGCCAUUGGCCUGUCUCUGGGGACCCUGCUGGUGUUCGUUGUCUGCUUCGCACCCUUUAACCUGUCACACGUGGUGGGCUUCAUUAAAUGGGAGAGUCCCUCUUGGCGGGUGGAAGCAGUCUUGUCCAGUACCAUAAAUGCCUGCUUAGACCCGAUUAUCUUCUAUUUCUCCUCGUCGGCCCUCAGUGGUACCUUUCACCACUUCCUUAAGAGCUUUGUGGAGAGAGUACAGCAGUUGUGUGGCCCCUGUAAGGCUCUCAACUCAAGAAGUCAGGACAGCCCACCAAACUCAAAUGACAGCUUGUAGUGAAUAUUGUUGCA